AUGGCUCGGUUCUUCGCGUCUCGUAAAAAAAUAAAAGUUUAAAAGAUUUCACCUGGAAAUUUACGAGGAAAUUGUCAACAAUUUCGACACAAAACCCCUUGAAAACAAUAAUAUAAUGUGAAUAUUAUCGGUAGUGCUGAAAAGAAAUAUAAAUAACGAGUGUUUUCGAGCUAAAAAAGCGAUAAAAAAUCCCGAAUAAGUUAAGGUGCUUUUUUGUUCAUUGAAGAGCUCUUUGAGUAUUGGCUUGGGAAAUUAGAAUACAAAAAACAAAAAAAUGUCUUGGGUCCAUCAUCAAAAUCAACAUCAUCCAACUCAUCAAACAUCAAAUCAUCAAAAAUCCACAACAACACCAUUAUUGUCAUCCACAUCCACAUCAUCAUCAUCAAAACAACAAACAUUUAAUAUUAAUGUCAGCUCCUCCAACAACCCUUCUGUUAUACAGCAGAAGCAGGUGUCGGCGGCGACAGCGGCACCACCACCAUUAAGAUCUGGUUCCCUGGCACAACAACCAUCAUCGUCAUCAUUACCAUCAUCAGUGGCAUUGAGAACCACACAAUCCUCUAACUUGUCCUCGGCGCUGGCAAAUAAUUCAACAUUAUUGAUGACGUCACAACAGCACCAGCCACAAUAUUCCUCCCAAAAAUCGACAAAUUUGUUGACAAAUAGCUUAGGCACAAGAAUGCGUUUAAACAAUGCUGCUGGUCCACCUCCCUACCAACAACAACAACAACAGCAACAACAUGUUCAUGCACCAACAUCGCAAGCCAACAUGGGCCACCACCAUGCCACCAACAAUAAUAAUAAUCCCAUGCCGCUUAAUCAAGGGGCGCCUUAUCAGAAUCAACAGAACUCUUGGCAAAAUCUCCAAACGGCAACAACACAAAAUUAUUUGUCUGCAACGAAAAUGAUACCCCAACAAGCCACACAACCACCCAUGCCACCGGCGAUGGCGGGGGCAUCAGGAAAUACGACCAAUGCCAAGAAUUGGCAACAUAACUAUCAAAAUUCCAAUGUUAUGUAUCAGCAGCAGCAGCAGCAACAACAACAACAACAGCCGCCACAACAGUUACAACAACAAUGGCCACAACAGCAGCAGCAGCAGCAACAAAAUCCAGGAAAUGCUGCUGCAGCAACCUAUGAUAAUUUAUUCAAUCAUGUCGUACCACAGGCGGCUCAGCAACAACAAGUCAGCAAUGCCGCUUAUCAGCAACAACAACAACAGCCUACACCAGCGGCUGCAGCUUCAUAUUUUCAACAGACGACUGCAGGAUCAGUAGGGCCAAGCGCAAAUGCUGUUAACUUCUUUGACAAUGCCAAUAACAAUCAAUCCAACACCGGUGGUGGUGGAGGUGGGGGUGCGGAUGGUUGGGGUGACUGGGAUUGGAAUGAUAAUUCCACCAUAGAUGCCAAUGGCUCGCAGAACAUAAAUGAGUCAAGUCAGCAGCAGCAGCAGCCUCCAACGCUGGCUGCAGCCCACCCACCACCAGCUUCUUCUGCUUCUACGGUGGCCAAUGAUCUUCAACACCAUCCACCUCCUCCUCCUUCUGCUGCUGCGCAAAUUCAGGCCAACAAUUCCAACAUUAUUGCUGAUAGCUUCAGUCAGCCACAAAAUAAUGAUUCCUGGAAUUGGAAUGCCUCCAACGAUAAUGAGCAACAUAUUCCAACAAAUGAGCCCAAAUUGGAGCAGCAACAGCAGCAGCAGCAUAACGACAAUUGGAAUUGGAACUCCUCCAAUGAUAUGGAGCAGCCAGCAACGAACGAUCAUUCGAACGACAAUUGGAAUUGGCAAACGAACGAAAAUCAACAACAACUAACAACAAACGCAGCAUCCCAACAACACCAGCAGCCAUCCUUGGAAAAACCGCCCACAAAACCGACGGAAAUCCAAGCUCCAGUUUUUGUCAAUCAAAAACCGGAAAAUCCAAUUCCCAUUGUGCAAAUGGCCACCUCAACGGCUGUGAAUUCUGAGAACUAUAACUACAAUAGCCCGGCAAGUCAAGCCAUGGCCCCAUCCACCAAUAACAUUCCAAACACAGUAUUUGUAUCGCAAGCCAAGCCGGUGACCUUGCCUUCCCGGCAAUAUGCCUCACCGCCCAUGGGCAAUACACCGGUCAGUGAAAAUCCACCGGAGACGGCACUGAUGCCACCCCAGGCAUUUCAAAAUACGGUGGAAGAACCACCCGCAACCAUCAGUAGGCCAGCAAAUGUGCAAACCCCCAGUUUACCAGGGCCACCCCCAACUUUGGCAGCCCCGCCAGGUAUGCCACCCGCUGUACCACCAGCCUCUGCCACCUCGGCUGCAGCUGGAAAUCCCUUUAAACGCAGCGGUUUGGCCCAACAUCAUCGAGCCAGCGGCCUAAUGGCCACCACAGCUCCCCCAGCGGUUGUACCACCCGCCCCCAUGGCUAUGGCACCACCAUCGGCCUUUAAUAUGCCAGCACCACCACCGCCAGCUGAUUUUGCCAACCCAUCAGCUGCUGCCAUUACUCUUAUGGAACCCGAAAACAAUGAGAUGCCAUUGCAAGAAAAUCAAGAAAUUCUAACACCACCCGUUGGUUCCAUAACUCUACCAAAUGCUGGGCCCCAAAACUCCAGCACCACCUCCUCCAACCAAACGGCGCCUCCAAAUGAUGAACGUAAUCAAUAUUUACAAACCAGUCAUUUGUCGGAAAAUUCCGAGGAACAAUCGGGCGAGGCUGAUGGUGGUCUUUUGCCACCGCCAGGCUUGUCCCGUUUGGUGUUAGGCGAACCCGAAUUGGAGGCUUCACAACGCAUGGUUAUGGGUACAGAGGCUCACACAGCAACUGUGGCAGCCCCAAUUAGUGAUGUUAUGCAUUUGGAGGAGCGUCAUGCCGAUGGUGAGGAUACAGCCUCAGAAAAUGCAGCCCCAAAUCCAGAUCCUUCAUCCAGCAAUUCCACCACAGAUCGUAAUUUGUAUAUGGUGCCCGGCGAGAGCAAUGUGGCCAAUCAACAACAGUUGCAAACACCACAACAACAACAACCCCAACGUGUGGUCACCGGGGUGGAAUUACAGGAACAGCGAGAAAUCGAAAUGGACGGAGAAAAUUUGGAGGAUCAGCAACAACCCCAACAUCAAGUUCUAUCCCCCGAGGCCCGCAAUGAGCCACCCGUGGAGGGAGCUGAUGAAAGCAUUGAUAAUGGCCUGACAGCUGGGCCAAAUAAUCCCGUACCCGAACCCAUGGAAAUUCAUGCUCCUCCUUCCUCAAAACCAAAAGAUAAUCACCCUAUCUCUUCGCCCAAUGACGAGGAUGACAGUGACGAACGUCUGCUAAAUGAUCGGGCUAGCUCCUCUAAAUCCCGUUCCAAAUAUGAAACUGAACGGCAUGGAGCCUCAUCAUCAUCUCGACGUCGUCGUGACAAACGUUCCAUGCAACGCUAUGACAGUGAGGAGGAGUAUCUUAACUCUGAGGAUGGUGGGGAAUAUUCCAGUGAUCGCGAAGAACGUGAACGUCGUGAGCGGAACAGUGAACAACAGCGCAGACGUAAUUAUCGGGAGGGUAGUGUAAGAAGCGACCGUGGUGGGGAUGAGGAGGAUAACAAGCGUAGUCGACGCCAGCCGGGGGCCAGGGAUAAACGCGACAAAUAUUAUUACGAUGAGGAAAGGUCAAGGGGUGUUAAGUCGGAGAACAGGCGUCAACGUCAGCGUGGAGGCGGAGGUUAUGAAAAUGACUCCCGCUACGAAACCGAGGAGUCCACAAGGUUCGAUGCCCGCAAGGAAUCAUCCAGGCGUAGUAUGCGUCAUCCCGACAGCGAACGAAGAGGUGAACGCCGUCAUCAGGGCAGCGAUCAGGGUGGUGACUAUGACGACUAUCAGCGUCGUGGAGGUUAUCGUUCUUCGAAACGCUCCGGAGGCGAUAAUUACGAAUCAGAUCGUCGUGAGCGAAGACGUGAUGACUAUGACACCGUGGAGCGGCGACGACGCAGUGAUAAACAUCGUGAUCCACGUUAUCGCGUAGAUGAUCCCCGCUAUGAUCCACGGGAAUAUGAAGAGUAUCGCAAGCACAGCUCACGCAAUGCUCGCGAAAGUGAUUUGGAAAAGGAGCAGGGUGGUCCCGGCUCCAGACGUAUGUUGCACGAUCCCCGGCAUGCCGCAGCUGCCAUGUAUGGUGGUUAUCCCUCGGCCGGGGGAUAUUAUGAUCCAUAUACGGCAUAUUAUUAUCAACAAAUGGCUCGGACCAAUCCCCAGGCCUAUGCCGAGUGGUAUAAGAAAUAUUAUGGACAACAUGCUGGUGCCGGCACAGGGGCGGUAGCAGCAGGUGGCGUGGCUGGCGUAAUGCCAGCCAUGCCGGGAGCUGGUGAGACCGCCGCGGCCACAGGAAACGAUGGACGUGAGUCGGUGCACUCGGGACGUAGUUCGGCCCACAAUGACAUGGUGAAGGAUAGGUAUACCCAUGCCUACAUUACACAAGCCAAUGAAUAUCAUCGUCAUUAUCAUCAACAACAACACCAUCACCAGCAGCAGCAACAACAGCAUCAACUCCAUUACCACCAACAACAACAAAUGGCAUUCAAUCAAACCCAUAACUCAACAAUGUUGGACGAAGAUUCAUUAAAUCAAAGUACUAGUCUGUAUAGUGGCAUUGGCAUCGGCGGCGGCGGUCCCUCCAGGGCCCAUUCACAAACAAAUCUUUCACAAAUUCACGGUGGUUAUUAUGUAACGCCCACGGUGGCGGCUGCAGCGGCCAUGGCCUCUGGUGGACCAGCAUCGGCCAUGUAUUAUGCACGUUCUGAUUAUGCGGAAUCAAGAUCUGGAGCACGUGAUCCAGAUCCCAUUGCCACGGAGCCACAACGUUUGACUCCCUGUAAAUUCAUCAACGAACAUGCGGUUGUUAGUUUCGGUUCGGGGCUCUUGGUGACGGUGAAACCGAAAUACACCCCACAUGGCCACAUUAGCAACAUUGUUAAACUGUUGAAAUUCAAACCCAACGAUGAGACGCGUAAACUGUUCAAAGUCUUCCCUGGGCCGUUGGUAAGGGGUUUGACCCACAAGAAAACGGUCAUAGAAUUUUGCCAGGAGCAAAUUCGUUUGGGACCCAUGGAAACGACAAUCUAUGCCAAACAGCUGAUUAGCAACAAUGCCGAGAAAUAUCGCGGCUCCUAUACAUUGAUGUGGAAUCUUUUGAUUUUGCUACUGAAACAGAAUGGAAUGGUUGUGGGCACAGACAUUGCCGAAUUGCUGCUGAAAAAUCAACAACAGUUUGCCUAUCAAACACCCAGCUCCACUUUGAAUAGCUCUUUAAAAUCGAAAUCGGGUGCCAACUCUCCCGUGGCUGCAGCUGAACAAGAGGACCCAACCGCCACCACCAAGGAUACUGAUAAUCCAGAAGAGGCAAAUCCUGAAAACUCAUCCCGUAAUGAGGAUCACGAAGAAAAUCGCUUGGACAGUGGCGAAGACGAGGCCAAGGAUGAAGCAACCAGCUCCACACUAACCGACAGCGAAAUAACCGAGAAAUUUAGAAACUAUUUGCUAUACGGCAAUGUCAACGAAGCCCUGGACUGGGCCACCGACAAUAAUCUAUGGGGUCAUGCCCUGUUCUUGGCCUCGAAAUUGGAUCGCCGCUCCCAUGCCAAUGUCAUGAUGAAAUUCGCCAAUAAAUUGGCCCUAAACGAUCCUCUGCAAACAUUGUAUCAGCUGAUGAGUGGUCGUACCCCCUCGUCGGUGACAUGUGUUCAAGAUGAAAAAUGGGGUGACUGGCGUCCACAUUUAUCCAUGAUCCUAUCGAACACCUCACAAAAACCGGAACUGGAUCGCAAGGCCAUAACGACAUUGGGUGAUUCACUGUUCAAUCGUGGCGAUUUGUAUGCGGCACAUUUUUGCUAUUUAAUGGCCCAGGUUAAUUUCGGUCGUUAUCAGGAGUCGGCAACACAGGAGACUUCGUUGCAACAACAUUUGCCAAAAUUGGUCCUGCUGGGUUCUUCGCACUACAAACAAUUCCAAGAUUUUGCCCAUAACGAAGCCAUAAUUAUGACUGAAAUCUAUGAGUAUGCCUGCUCGUUGAAUGAUGAGAAGUUCUCCAUUACUGAAUUCCAGCCCUAUAAGUUCCUGUUAGCUACACGGCUUUUGGAUUAUGGUUUCCAUUUGAAGAGUUUAAUGUAUUUGGAGCAAAUUGCUGUACACAUCGCAAGGGAUCCGAGCAAAUAUGAGGGCAGUUUUAUCAACAAGGUCUAUGAAUUGGCUGAUCGUUUGAAAUACUACGACCCGGUGCUGGAGAAAACCAUUGAUGACCAGCAACAACAGGGCCAGGAUGAGGCUGGCGAUGGCAAUCUAAAUCAAUCCCAGCAACAGAUGGAGGAACAAAAAUGGCUGCAAAGUCUCAGGCAAAUGGCUCAACAAUAUAAAAUCGAUUGUGGCUUAGCUGUGGCAGCAUCAAGCACGCUAGCUGCCCCAUCCGUAUCCAUGAUGGACGGCCAACAACCAAACCCCGCCAUGGUGGAUCCAUCAUACAACUAUCAGCAACAACAAAUUGAUCAACAAUUUAUGGAAAUAAAUAAACAAUUUAGUGAAUUGAAUUUACAAUAUCAAAACAAUAAUCAGGAAGCAAACCAGCAACAACAACAACAGCCUACUUUUUACAAUCCCGAAUUGAUGCAGCAAAAUUCCCAACCCCAUGCAGAUCCCCUACAACAGCCGGCAUCCUUAGAUCCAUAUCAACAACAAAAUGAUCAGCCACUGAACCAGGAUCCUCAACAGCAGCAACAGCCCCUGGAUCCCCAAAAUCCCAAUCAAGAUCUUUAUCAACAACAACAGCAGCAGCAAUCAUCAUCGUACAUGCAACCUGAUCCACAAUAUCAAGGUUAUACUCAGGCCUAUUAUGAUCCCUCUCAGCAGCACUAUAAUAACAACGAUCCUAGUUUAGAUCAACAAACGACGGCCACAGAUAAUGCUGCCUAUGAUUAUUGGUCUCAACAACAGCAACAGCAAAUGCAAGGUGGCUAUGGCUCCGAGGAGCCACCAAGUGAUAAACAUGAAAGCUAUGAAAGUCCUGAAGUAACAUUGGCUAAGGCGAAGUCUUUGCCAAAACCCAAAACAGCUAGUAGUCCUCCUUCAGCUGCUAAAACAACAGCCAACACCAAUUCCUCAUCGUCUUUGUAUUUAAACAACAACAAUAAUAAUAACAAUAAUAAUAAAAAAUCAUCAUCAUCAUCUCUAAUGAAAUCUUCAAGUCUGCUACAACAACAUCAACAUCAAAAAAAUAAAACAAUGACAACAACAACAACAAUGAGAACAAGCAGCAGCAGCAACAACAAAAAUCAUGCUAAAAAAUCCCUAGAUUCGGCUGCUGCGAAUCAUCAUUUGGCAUUUAAUAAAUUAGAUCAUGAAUCAUCCACGGCUAGUAUUAAGGAUCCCUAUAAUCCAAACACAACAACAACAACACCCCAGUCAUCUUUGUCCCCAACAUCACCAACAACAACAGCAACAAUGCCAUUUUCAAUCAAUAAUAAUGCAAGACCAACAAUUUCGAUGCCAAAAUCCAAAACCUAUGAUACGGAUGAUGAAACAAACCAAGCGGCUGAUAAACAACAAAAGGGCCAGCAAAAAUCUGGGGGGACUUCGAAUGACUCCAAACAGCAGCAACAACAGGCGGCAGCCGCCCAAAAGAAUAAGGAAAACAAGGAUGCGAAAAAUGCCAGUAACUCAAAUCAAAAUUCUGGUUGGUUUGGUGGCAUAUGGAAUAAGUUCUCAUUGAAACCGAAAAAUCAAAUGAUCCUACCGGAUGAUAAGAAUCCCUCGAUUGUCUGGGAUCCAGAGAAAAAGAAAUGGGUCAACACCGAUGCCGAUGAACAGGCUGAGGAAGCAUUUAAGCCACCGCCCAAGAUGGGUGAUUUAAUGCCACAAGCAUCACAAGGACCACCAUCACAACAACAGCAGCAACAACAACCGCCUCAACAGCAGCAUCAGUCCCAAACCCAGCAACCACAAAUAGCAUUUAUGGAUCCUCAACAAUAUGUGCCUACAGCAUCAUCAACACCCCUGUCGUCGUCACAACAACCCCAACAACCAACAGCAACAACAAAUGUUGCUGCUGCUCCCAAUAAUCAAAAUAAUCCAGCACCUGCCAAAACUCCCACACUACAGUCCAACAUGUUUAAAAUGCAAAGAAAUCGAACCCUGAAAAAUGCCUAUGUCGAUGUAUUCAAUCCAUCUGGUGCUCCUGUAAAUAAGGCUGCUGAAAAUAUACUUGCUCCUGCAUUACCUCCUGCCACAGUGCCUCAAAGUGGAUUCUUUAUACCGGGCGGCACGGGGUCAGGGCCCGCGACUGGUAAUGGUGGUCAAGAUACAAGUGGUGGUUAUCAACAGCAAGCGCAAGAUACACCACAAUUCUAUAAUCCUAAUCAAUAUGGAGCUGGUACUGGUUAUUAAAAAAUAUUUAUAUAUAAAAAACAAACUAUAAUAUUUUUAUGUUUAAUAUUUUUUUAAUGUGCAAAUGCUUGUUUCAGUGGAUGUGUGUCUUAAGUUGUUUAUAUAGUUUAAAUAUAUAUAUUUAUAAUUAAUCAAUAAAACAAGGAACUAAACAAUAUAGCAAAUUUAUAUAUACACAAUAAAAAAAAGGAUAUAAAAAAUAAAAUAAAAAAAUGUUAAACGGAAAGUAAAUAUGUUUUUUGAGUAAAUUUCAGUCAGUCAGUCGGAUGGAUGGAUGAUUAUGCUGAUGUAUACAUACACAUAUAUAGCAAAAA